AUGCACAAGUAUAUUGAAACAGAUAAUGACGACGACGGAUUUGGAACAGUGGAUUUCAAGUCUUCAGUUCUCUCUCAAAUGAGUACACCUCAAAGAAACCGGCAGCUGGCGCAGCACACAGAGAACUUCAACGAUGAUUUUGCUGAUGAUUUCAAUGACUUGACAUUGUCUAAAGGUGAUACAAUCAAACGUGUACCCACUGCGUUUUCUACAAGUAAAAACGGGACCUUGAAAAUGCUCGCAAGCUUCAGGCAGGACCCCAAUCGCACUCUCAGCGGUCGCCCUAGUGAGUUUGAAUCCACUCCUACUCUGGGUGACAGUGAUUUCGAGGACGGGUUUGAUGGAUUAGAUGAUGGAGUCAAGCUUAAAAUGCGCUUUGCCCCUUAUUGUUCUGAUGGCUACAUAACGGAUGGCGACUCUCCGGCGCGAAUGUCCAUGUCCUCUUCGGCUUCUUCUAUCAGUAGUUUGGAUAAUCCCAUUGAAGAAGAAGACUUUGUCUGGGAAGAGAAAGAUAGCAAUACCCAAGAUGACCUCCUUUCACGUUUUCAAGCACGAGAACGAAGGGCCAGGCUGCAGGAUCUACGUGACUUUGCUGCACCUUCCCUGAGUCGCGCCCCAGCGACAAUUCGUUGGGCUCAGCAUACUUCUGAAGAAGAAAGUGAUGAUAUAGCCCGUGGAAUUGAUCUGAACGCGCUUGAUUUUUCUAGAGGCACAAUUAACAAGAAUAUCAUUUUUGGUUACAAGCAGCAACUCGAACAGCAGCGAAAUGAGAUGGCUACGCACAUGGCAGAUAUAAAUCGAAGAUUGCGUAGUGUGCAAUCCAUUGCUCAGCUCCCAGAUCUAAAGUCAAGCCGAUUGAGGUCUGCCAAAUCAAUGAUGGAACUACCAUCGACCAAGGCAAGUCAGCGGCCCCAGGAUCCAAUCGUCAGGCGACCCGAGCUACGGCCAUUGACACAAUACAUUGAGCCAGAGCGACCAGUUGUUCCCAAGAAAUCGAGAUCAAAGCCAGACACUUCGUCCAAAGCUGGUCUUCAUGACCGACGCCGACGAAAGAUCGGAUUGAUCAGAAACCCUGCCACUAACGGCAUACCACAGCAGAGCGAGCUCAAUGGUAUGAUAUUUAAUCCUGCGGCUGGUCAAUGGGAAGGCAAUGAGGGCGACGUGCAAAGGUUCGACAAUGCUCUUGCUAAAAAACCCACACUGAUCUCUAAAGAAUCAGCCGCUGCUGUGUCUAAGCUCAAAAGCAUCAAUGGGGGCAUGUGUUUUGAUAAGAAAAACCUCUGUUGGGUUCAACAGGGUGAUGAUCACGAGGACCCCGAUCCGUUCGCUGGAAUUGAUGAGCUUGAUGUAAACGGCAUGCCCGGUACGCGGGACCCUAGUUUUGGAUCCAGCAUCGGAAGAGGGGAGAAUGCAGAGCAGAGCACGUUCGAGGUAUCACGCGAAAUGCGAAUCCGCUGGCGAAAAAACGAUGAGCGAUUUAACCGGAAGUUUGGACGAUGGAUUGGACGCAGCGAUCUAGAUCUGUCACCAGCAUAUGAUGUUUAUAAAAUGGUUUAUGAUUAA